AUGGGGAAACGGGAUAACCGUGUAGCUUAUAUGAAUCCUAUAGCAAUGGCCAGAUGGAGGGGUGCAAGGCGCUCUGCAUGCCCAACUAUACAGGAUUAUCUGAAUCGACCAAGGCCUACCUGGGAAGAAGUAAAGAAGCAAUUAGAGAAGAAAAAGAAAGGCUCCAAGGCAUUGGCUGAAUUUGAAGAAAAGAUGAAUCAAAGAUGGAAGAGAGAGCUUGAGAAAAACAGAGAGAAAGUAUUAGGUGGAAAUGUGAGUUCAUACCAAAGAAAGGAAAGAAAGAAAAAGAAAAAGAAAAAGAAAAAGAAAAAGAAGAAAUCAUGUCGGAAUACAUCCUCUUCAUCAAACUCUGAUUCAUCAAGCAGUUCUUCAUAUUUGGAAGAUGAGCCCAAGAAACGAGAGAAAAAGAGAAAGAGAAAGAAGAGCCAUUCAUACAAAUUGUCAGAAAGCUCCACAUCUGAAUUAGAAUCACAGAGCAAGCAGCUUCCCUCCAAAAAUAAAAAGUCAAAGAAUGAAACCAAGAAAGAAACAUAUAUCAAAAACUACAGCAAAAAAAGAAAAAAGGCUUCUCCCAAUGAAAAGCCAUCUUCUUUAGAAUCCUCAUUCAAAUCAGAUUAUGAAGAGGGGGUGCAGGCAAAAAAGAAAAGAAAAUAUGAUGAACAAGAAAGACAAAUGGAAAAAGUGUCAAACAAGAAAAAGAAGCACCACAAGAAACACAGUAAGAUGAAGAAGAAGCCUAGUUCAAGUCACAAGUCAGUGUAA